GUGGGGUGGCGCGCGGUGCAUGUCGGUCCCGAGGCGGACUGUCCCCUCGCUGUGGGGCGCUCGGAGUCUCGCCUGACGCCAUGUUCCUUUGGGCCGCUGCCGCCCGGGGCCUCUAGCUACCGCGGCCCCCGCAGCCGGUAGAGCCGCAGUCGCCGGCCGGGAGCAGAGCGCGGCCGCGCCCCGUCAUGUCCGUCAAGGAGGGGAGCAAGGGGCCGCCGCCCGCUCACGGCACCAGCGACCGGGCCGUUAAGGCUGUCCCUUUUCCACCAACACAUCGCUUGACAUCUGAAGAAGUGUUUGAUAUAGAUGGAAAACCUAGGGUUGACAUUUUGAAGAACCACUUAGUAAAAGAAGGUCGAGUAGAUGAAGAAAUUGCACUUAGAAUCAUCAAUGAGGGUGCUGCAAUUCUACGAAGAGAGAAAACUAUGAUAGAAGUUGAAGCUCCAAUUACAGUGUGUGGUGAUAUUCAUGGCCAGUUCUUCGAUCUAAUGAAGCUGUUUGAAGUUGGAGGAUCACCAGCUAAUACAAGAUACCUCUUCCUUGGUGACUAUGUAGACAGAGGCUAUUUUAGUAUAGAGUGUGUGUUAUACUUAUGGGUCUUGAAGAUUCUGUAUCCAAAUACAUUAUUUCUUUUGAGAGGCAACCAUGAAUGUAGACACCUCACGGAAUAUUUUACAUUUAAGCAAGAAUGUAAAAUUAAGUAUUCAGAGAGAGUCUAUGAUGCUUGUAUGGAAGCUUUUGAUUGCCUCCCUCUUGCUGCACUUUUAAACCAACAGUUUCUUUGUGUUCAUGGUGGACUUUCACCAGAAAUAAACACACUAGAUGACAUUAAGAGACUAGAUAGAUUCAAAGAGCCUCCUGCAUUUGGACCAAUGUGUGACUUAUUAUGGUCAGAUCCCUCAGAAGAUUUUGGAAAUGAAAAAUCACAAGAACACUUCAGUCAGAAUACAGUCAGAGGAUGCUCUUAUUUUUAUAGCUAUCCAGCAGUUUGUGAAUUUUUGCAAAAUAAUAAUUUGUUGUCGAUAAUUAGAGCUCAUGAAGCACAAGAUGCAGGCUAUAGAAUGUACAGAAAAAGCCAAACUACAGGGUUCCCAUCAUUAAUAACAAUUUUUUCGGCACCUAAUUACUUGGACGUCUACAAUAAUAAAGCUGCUGUGUUAAAAUAUGAAAAUAAUGUGAUGAAUAUUCGACAGUUCAAUUGUUCUCCGCAUCCUUAUUGGUUACCAAAUUUUAUGGAUGUCUUUACGUGGUCAUUGCCAUUUGUUGGAGAAAAAGUAACAGAAAUGUUGGUGAAUGUUCUGAGCAUUUGCUCUGAUGAUGAAUUAAUGACAGAGGGAGAAGAUCAAUUUGACGUAGGUACAGCUGCAGCACGAAAAGAAAUAAUCAGAAACAAAAUACGUGCAAUUGGCAAGAUGGCAAGAGUCUUCUCUGUUCUGAGGGAGGAGAGUGAAAGUGUGCUGACACUCAAGGGUUUGACUCCCACUGGAAUGUUACCUAGUGGAGUGUUGGCCGGAGGACGACAGACUCUGCAAAGUGAUGCAGAGUAACUGGAAAUAGUGAUGAACAAUCUGAACACAGAAGACCAAGUGACAAACAAAGUUAGAAUAGUAUGUUGCCGAUGGUGACCAGAUGACAAGAACAAAAUAUCGGGACACAUGCGGGAGAGGGAGGCCACAGCUGAAGCAAAAAAAAAACAAAAAAAAAAAACGGAGUGCAAACUAUCGGGACAAAUGGCCUCCCGACCAUACAUCGGUCAGGACACGGGACAAAACUAAUUAUCGGGACAGCCCCAAUUUUAUCAGGACGUCCAGACACCCUAAUGUUGCCAGUUUGCAUUGUAAGGAAUAUGUCAUCUAAACAAACAUCUCUGGCCUUAAAAAUAAAGUCAGAGAGCCUAUAACCCCCAAACACAUAUAUAAAAUGAUUGACACAUCUGGUUGAGUCUAAUAUUAAAGUGUGGGUGCAUCCAAAGAAAAACCAUCAUUUUGCAGCAUCUUAAAAAAAGCUUCCAAACUAAAAGAAAGUUGUAUGGUAAGUGAAAAAUCAAAGGAAAACGAUUGUGAAGUAAUACCUAUAUUAACCUAUAUUAUAACUAUAUUCCACUGUCCUCCCUAUUCUAGUCUGGGUGUAUUUUCAAUUAGUGUGUUUCAUGUUAUUUUCCAUAGUCCCUUGGGGCACAGAUUAAUGAAGAAAUUUGUCAUAUAUUAUUCUCAUGCUGCUAGAAAGAUGUUUUGAGACUCCAUGCUGCUUACAUCAUUUACUUUGUAUUAUGCUCCAAACCACCUUUUAACAAAAUGAUGGUCCAGAUGUUUCAGUACAAAGACAUACAGACUUGGGACUAAACACUUAUUGUGUCAAAAGGCAGCUACUAGUCUUAUGGUGUUUUUUCAUGCACACAGGUUCAAUUAAUCAGAUUUUUAAAGAAUGUUGUUUUCCAAAUAAUUCUUUAAAAUUCUGUUCUCAUCAGUAGGAUUUGAUAGUUCAUUCUAAAUUCUCAGGGAAAGAGGAAAGCCUCACAUGUAGUUAAAAAUUCAUUAUGAUGUAACUCCUAAACUUUUGCUUGAUUUAUUUUCAAAGGCUGUUGAAAACCUGAAAAGGAUUCAGAAAAAAGAGUGACUAAAAUUAGAGGUCUGGAUAAUGUGGCUUACAAUAAAAGGCUUAUGAAGCUCUAUCUAUUUAGCUGCUCAAAGAGAAAAUUAUGAGGUGACUCAAUCACUGUCUAUAAGUACUUAUAUGGGGAAAAGAUUCUGAUAGAAGAAGACUCUACUCUAGUAAAGGCAUAACAAGAACAAAUGAUGGGAAACUGAAACUAGAUAAAUUAAAGUGAGACGAAAGUGCAGAUUUCUAAAUUAAGGUACUUAAUCACUGGAACAGCUUACCAAGAGAUGUAGUAGUUUCCAUCACUUGAAGUCUUUAAAUCUAUAUUGGAUGUCUUUCUAAUUAUGUUCUAGCUCUACCACAAACUAUGGCCUUGAUGAAGGAAUUAAUGGAUGAAAGUCUGUAUCCUGUGUUACACAGGUCAAACGAGAUGUCCAUAAGGGUUUCUUCUUCUGGCCUUAAAAUCUGUGAACAUUUAUAAUCCUAUUGUUCAGAGCUUCAUUAAAUAUUAGCAUGGUGCAGAAUUUACAGUCAGAUUAUAAAUCUGGUCAUUAAAUUGCCAAUGCUUUGUUUUUCUGUUCUAAAUAUUACCAUAUAACCUAAGAGCCAGUUGUCUGAAUAAUGUUAUGUAUGUAACCAUGUCCAACCACAUGGACAUGGUUAUAUACAUAACAUUCCCCUCAUUCUCAUUUGUUGUGUCAUGUUUAUAAUCUAGUUUGUAAAUUCUUCAGGGCAGGUACUUUGUCUAACAAACUGUCCUGCGAGACACCACGUACACCUUUGGUCUUGGUACAAAUAAGCUAGAAAAGAAGUUUUUAAAAUAGCAUUAAAGCAUGGGUUUGAUUGUAGUCACUUGCUAAAGGCAUAAAGCCACUUCUAGUUUCAAAGUCAUCCAUCCCUCCAGGAUGGCAGAUAUGGCCCGCUCACUAAUCGAUGACACUUAGUACCACUGCAAAAAGACAGCUACUGUCAAAACCCUGGCUUGGAGAUUAUUUGGGUACCUAUUUCAUAUUACAUAUACAUAUUCAUAUACAUAUACACACACACACACACACACACACACCCUCUACCCCGACAUAAUGUGGUCCUCGGGAGCCAAAAAAUCUGACCGUGUUAUAGGUGAGGCUGCGUUAUAUCAGGGUGGGGAGAGGAACCGCUCCCCGCCCCAGCUCACCUCCGCUCUGCCUCCACCUCCUCCCUGAGCAUGCCACUGCCACUUUGCUUCUCCCUCCCAGGCUUGCUGCGCCAAUCAGCUGUUUGCCCAGCAAGUCUGGAAGGGAGGGGGAGAGAAGCGGAGCGGCAGUGGCACGCUCAAGGGAGGAGGCGGAGAUGAGCUGGAGCGGUUCUUCUGUGCCCCCUGUUACUUGCUGAGGCCCUCCCUGGGGCUCCCCCGCCCCAGCUCACCUCCGUUCUGCCUCCUCCCAUGAGUAUGCCGCAGCUCUGCUUCUCUCCCUUCCCUCCCAGGCUUGCUGUACCAAUCAGCUGUUUGGCCCAGCAAGCCUGGAAGGGGGGGGAGAGAAGCUGAGCUGAGCAGCGUGCUCGUGGGAGGAGGCGGCGGAGCGGAGAUGAGCAGUUCCUCUGCACACAUACCCCUUGCUGCUGCUGCUGCUGCUGCCGCCCCCCUGCCCCAGCUCACCUCCACUUCCCACGAGUGUGCCGCAGCUCCGCUUCUCCUCCCUCUCAGGCUUGCCGUGCCAAACAGCUGAUUGGUGCAGCAAGCCUGGGGGGGAGGAGAAGCGGAGCUGUGGCACACUUGUGGGAGGAGGUGAAGCGGAGGUGAGCUGGGGUGAGGGGGCCCCGGGGAGGGCCACAGCAAAUAACGGGCAGGCGCAGAGGAACCACUUGUGGUAAAAGGAAUUCGGAUAUAACGAAGUAAAGCAGCCCCGUCCCCUGGAGUGCUGCUUUACCGUGUUAUAUCCGAAUUCACGUUAUAUCGGACCGCAUUAUAUUCAGGUAGAGGUAUAGUAUUUUGUAUAUGGCUUAGACAAGAUUUGUUUAACUCCUGUUAUAAUAGACAUCAAAUCUCUUUUCUAUCCCUCUCUUCAAUUUAAGUAUUAAAAUCUUUAUUAAAAAAAUAAGCACUUGCUUUAUAUUGCUGAAAUUCUAUUUAUGACAAACUGCUGUUGUGCAUAUCACGUGGAACAUCAAAGCAAAUUGCACCACAGGUUUACCUUAAAAAAGAUGCAGAUUUUUUAAAUUAUUAUAAGUAGUAAGUUAAAAAAACACUUCUUAAGUACUGUUUUUAGAAUUUUGAAACAUACCAUUCCAAUUAUUUUUAUGUUAGGAUUAUUAUUGCUUUUUGAAAAACACUUAAUGGAAAAAACUGCUCACUGCACUAGGUUUCUGAUAGAAAUAAAUUUUAAAAAGAGGCUCAAACUAAGUGAUCGAUAAUAAGGUCAACUUAAACAGCAGGUGUAGCUAAAUUUGCAUUUUGUUUUCCCACAAAUUACCACAAUCUGUUUUUGUUUUUGUUUUUUGCCCACCCAAUUCUGCCUGCUAUUAUGACAGUGGAUCCUGCAGGACUCUAUCUCAGACUAUCUUUUGUACAAGUUUUUUUCUUUCCCCUGCAUUGCGUAUAAUAAUAACACUAUAAAUUAUUUCAAUUGCCCAGCUGUGCUAUAUUGUAUUAUUGGCAGUGCAAAUGGUAAAACCAUGAACAAAAAAGUGUUUUUCCAUUGAAGGAAAGUUAGCUAUUUUCAAGACUGUUUGACAAAGUAGAACAAAAUUUAUACCUCUCAUACCAGCCAAACUUUCCCCAAAAGGUGUAUUAGUUAAACUGAUUACAAGUAACUGAUGUGAUAGCGGAUUUUGACACAUUCUGUAACUGGAAAUAAGAAGCCAUUCAUUUUGAAAAC